UAAAAAAUCAAAUCUCAGUAUGUUUGCUUGUGGUGGUAAAAGUAAGAAGGCAAACUAAUAAGGUCCAAUAUCAUUAGAAGAUAAAUGUAAAUCUCACAAUAAUGCAUUUGAUUGUGUAAGUUUAAAUUAUACAGACAGAAAUUAAACAUUUAAAGCAUGUCCUUAAUGCAAACAAUAAAGGACAAAAGAAUAAUUUAUUACAUUUAAAGAUAUAUAAUGUAAGCUUUAAACUCAGAAUGCAUGUGAUUUAGUUGGAGAAUACAAAAUAAAAAUGACUCCAUUAUUUAAUGAGACUGAAUAAUUAAGAACAAAAUUAAUAUAAUAAGCUGAUGAAAUUUAUGAAAUAUUAUUAAAAGGAAUUCAUGAGUUAUUUGUUAAUUGUUUAUUUAAAAAGCUACCAAAUAAUCUUUUUACUAUUGAAGAUAUAUUUGAUGUAUAAAUAUUUAUAUUAUUCAAUUAUAGUUAGUUAAUCCAAAAACUAUUGAUGAUUUUGGUUCAAUCAUAGAUUAAAAUAUUCCUUUUUAAAAAAGUAAUGAUUUAAGUGCAAGUUUAUUAACUAAAGUGAUUUGUUAAGUUGAAGAAGCAAGAUAAUUCAUAGAUUCUUUUAAAGAAAUAUAAGGAGUAAAAAAGAAAUUAGAAAAAAUCUAUAAUGAAUUUACUUCAUAUAAGUCUGAAAUUUAAAAAAGAAUUUAAUAAAUGAGUAAAUAGGUAUCAUAAUAUAUUAUAAUUAAUAAUAGAGUGCAGUUGAGGUACCAAAAGUAGAUUUGAAGGAACCUGCUCUCUAGUUCUUAGUUGAAAAAAAUAAUUAAGAACAAGAUUAUUUAGUUGAAUCUAUAAAAGCAGUAAUAAUUUAAAUUAGAUAAUAGAUUUAAGGAUUUAAGGAUAUGACUAUUGAACCAAAUCAAGAAGAAAGAUAAGAAAAUCCUUAAGUGAAAUCUAUAAUUACUAUUGAUUAAAAACUUAUUGCAUAUAGUUCUGGAACAAGAAUUUUUAUUUUUGACAAAACUAAGAACUUUUAAUUUAUAUAGUAAUUAGAUUGUGAAAAUGAUAUUUCAGCUUUAUGUUCUGUCAAGUUAGAUGAUAUGAAAACAUAUAUUAUUGCAUGGUAUUAUAAAGAAUAAUAAUAAGUGUUGAAGAAAAUGAAUAAUCAUUUCAAUUGUAAUUUUGGGAUUGGGAAAACUUUGAUAAAUGGAAAGUUAUUAAUGCUCAUGAAAAAUAUAUUUGGUAGAUAAUUAAUUUACCAAAAAAUUUAAUAGCUUCAUGUUCAGAAGAUGGAGUAAAUAUUAAAUAUUAUUAAAGACAACUAAAAUUUUUAAUGCUUAAACAUAAUAAUAAAUAUAAAAAAUUGCUGUCCAUUAAGCAAGUGUUAAUGAUAUAGCUUUAAUCACUCCAGAUAUAAUUGCUUCUGUUUCAGAUGAUGGUACACUUGUAGCAUCUAAUUUUUUAAAUGGAGAUUUGGUUGGUAUAGUUCCUGAAGAUAGUGAAAUAAAAUCUGUGAUUGCUUUAGAUGGUAUUAGAUUUGUUACUGGAAACAGCUCUGGAGAAGUAAGAAUCUACACAUUUGUUUAAUCAAUAGAAUUAUAGCAAGCAAUAAAAGCUCAUGAUUCUGUAGUUAGAUUUUUGAGUAGAAUAGAUUAAAAGUAAUUAUUAUUUAUUAAAUAUUUUAAUAGAUUAUUUGUUACUUCAUCAUGGGAUGGAACUCAUAAAUUUUACUCUAUUGUUGAUGGUGAAAUUAAAGUUAUCAAUGGACCUAAAAAGAAUUUCCCUGAACCACUUUUAUGGAUUUAGGAGAAUAAUUGUUUAGUUGCUUCUGCUGGUGGAAUUCUUCAGAAAUACAAAUGAGAAAUAAAGUAUAUUUAGGAAA